AUGUCGUAUAAUCGCUUCUCAUCAAUAUUACGUUGCUGGCACUUUGUUGAUAAUGAAGCUCCGAGGGAUCAAAACGAACGUCUGUACAAAAUAAAACCACUUUUGAACCUUGUUAUCAACAACUGGAAGAAUUUACUGACACCUAAUGAAUGUAUCGUCAUUGACGAGUCGAUGAUGCCAAUUAGAGGGAGGAUAUCUUUCCGUCAGUACAACCCAUCAAAAGCUCACAAAUACGGCUUGAAAAUCUAUAAACUUUGCACAGAAGAUGGGUUUGUAUGGAACUAUGACAUUUACAUAGGUCGCGACUCCGAGAUCGGAUUGGAUAAGCCGGGAAGUGUCGUAGUUCAGUUAUGUGAUGGUUGGAAAUUGGGAGAAUAG